AUGGGUUCUCUCACCUCCGCACAUCCCCAGGAUUCUUCCUUUGCCUCCACCGCUUCCCCCUACUUUGAUGCUCUUGCCCGGAGACGUCAACAGAAGAAGAUGAGCAUCACACAAUCUUACUACCUCGCUCAUACCGCCCGCAAGAAGCUCACUCGCGAAGCUUCGCGGGCGGAUCACGACCUACGCUUGCUUGUCGGCCACGCCAACCUUCUGGACUCGCUGAUGCUCGACCUCGCUGACGCUGAGCGCGAGCAAGAACGCUGGUUCAACCAGACCGUCAGCGGUGCCUCCAAGGCAUCUCAAGAAGAGCCUCGACACAUUCAAUGGGCCACCACCUCGUCCGUGGUUGAGGUGCCCGAGGACUACGAGUCCGAGGAUACCUCCGAUCUCGAGUCGGACCUCAGUGACAGUGAUGAGGAGGACGAUUCCGACAUAGAUGAGAACGACUUUAUCAUCAACACUCCAGUUCGCCGUCGAGCACCGUUGCCUGUGGCACCUAUGGACCCCCUCCUUGUGGAGGAAGACGACGAUGACACCGACUCUGAUUUUGAAUAUGACGACGACGAGGACCUGGAGGAGCUGGGCUUGACUCGUUCCCCAUCCCGGCAAUCACCACCCGAGCUGCUCGCCGACCUGGACGACAGCUCCGAGGACGAGGCUACGCCUCCCUCCCCGCCCCAACCCACUCUCGAGGCAUUCGAUGAGAAAGAGGCAUCCGCUAACUCCAUCCAAUUGGGAGACUCCCCAUCUGAUCUGUUCGAGUCAAAGUUCUACGUUUCACAAGAGAGCACAAUGAUCGAGGCAUACUAA